UUUGAAUCGAAUCUCUGGCGCUAUCUAACGAGUCAUUAAUUUUUUAUUUCAGAAUGCCGAUACCUGCAGCCGACGUUUCGAAACUUUACAAAAAGGAUGCGGACCUCAAAAAGGAGGACAUAGAAACCCUCUACGAUUGGGCAAUUAAACAGCCACAUUUACCUAAAAUAUCUGAACUUCAGCUUAUUCUAUUUCUCCAAAGUUGCUAUUACAGCAACGAACUGGCCAAACAAGCAAUCGAUAACUAUUUCACUGUAAAAACCUUGUGUCCUGAUGUGUUUGGGAAUAGAAACCCUAGGGAACCCAGCGUACAGACCGCACUUAACUGCUCGUUAAUAACUCCUUUAACAAAACUCACUCCCGAAAACUACACAGUAAUAUGGAUGAAACUGAUCGAUGUUAAUCCAGAAAACUUUAAUUUCGCCAACCAUUCUCGUUACUUUGAUAUGGUGGAAAUGCUGAACUUGCACAAACAUGGACCCCAGCAGGGAAUCGUGUUGGUAUUCAAUAUGGAGGGAUGCGUUUUUGGCCAUUUAGCCAGGCUUAGUAUUGUCGUCAUGAAAAAAUUCCUCUAUUACUUACAGGAAGCGAUGCCCAUACGACUUAAAGGGGUGCAUUACAUUAAUGUGGUACCUUUUAUGGACAAAAUUUUGGCUCUUAUGAGACCGUUUAUGAAGAAGGAGCUCAUGGACAUGUUGUACAUUCAUGCAAGUGGAAUGGAAUCUUUCUACAAAUUCGUUCCAAAAGAAUGUCUUCCAGCAGAUGAAGGAGGCCAGAGUGAACCAAACAACAUUUUACACGAAAAGGUCCGUAAAAUGAUUAAUGACAACGCAGAAUUCUUCGCAUACGAAGAUUCUCAAAUUGUGGAUGAAAGCAAACGUCUGGGAAAACCCAAAAAUGCAGGCGAUAUUUUUGGAAUGGAAGGUACAUUUAAGAAGUUGGAAGUAGAUUAAAGAUUCUCUGUUUAUUCUUAAGGGUAUUAUAUUUUGAAAUCGUUUAAGUAAUAAAUUUUUUUGGAAAAACAA